CGGAAUGAGAAAAGAGGGAGCCGGCAAACAGGACCAUGGUUUUGCUUUAAGUUCUUUUAGAAGUUUUAAUUUGUUAGGCCCACCCCCAACUGGGCUUCACAUCUCCACACUUGGACAUUAUAAUUCAUAACCACCUCAGGGCUUCAUGUACCCUGUAGCUAGCAACUACUGGCCUUUCUCUCUCGUGACCAGUUCCACAAAAAGAUUAACUACACACAAAAAGAGCAAACACACAUAACACAUUGCCUAAAACACGACCAAAUUAAUCGUCAGAUUAUCAGUGAACUCCUCUCUGUAUAUUGCUUUGAUUUAACAACACUAGUUUGGUGCAUCAUUUUUGAGAAAAAUAUAAUUUUGAUUAUUGAUCAGCUGAAUUGAUCUAAGUUUUUUAGAUCACAUAAAUUGAAUGUGGCAAUGCCGCAAAGAAGAUCACAGCUGUUAUGUCUGCUAUUCUUUCUUUCGUAUGCUUUUACUACUAUUGCGGAGAAGAGUUAUUAUGACAUUUUACAGGUUCCUAAAGGAGCUCCAGACGAUCAGAUUAAACGGGCCUACAGGAAGCUGGCGUUGAAGUAUCAUCCUGAUAAGAAUCCAGGGAACGAGGAGGCUAACAAAAAAUUUGCUGAAAUUAAUAAUGCUUAUGAAGUACUAUCCGAUAGUGAGAAGCGGGAAAUCUAUGAUAGGCAUGGAGAACAGGGGCUUAAGCAGCACGCUGCUGGCGGUGGUAGGGGAGGUGGGGGCAUCAACCUUCAGGACAUUUUUAGCCAGUUCUUCGGCGGAGGAGUUUCAAUGGAGGAGGAAGAGAAAAUUGUAAAAGGCGAUAAUGUUAUUGUUGAACUAGACGCAAGUUUGGAGGAUUUAUAUAUGGGAGGAACAAUGAAGGUUUGGAGGGAUAAAAAUAUUUUAAAGCCUGCUCCAGGCAAGAGGUCUUGUAACUGCAGAAACGAAGUCCAUCACAGGCAAAUUGGUCCAGGAAUGUUUCAGCAAAUGACAGAGCAGAUUUGUGAGAAAUGCCCAAAUGUCAAAUAUGUGCGGGAGGGGUUUGAAGUUACCAUUGAUAUUCAGAAAGGAAUGCAAGAUGGGGAAGAGGUGGUCUUCUAUGAAGAUGGUGAACCUAUCAUCGACGGUGAACCAGGGGAUCUUAAGUUCCGAAUUCGUACAGCGCCCCAUGAUGUUUUCAAAAGGGAAGGAAAUGACCUCCACACAACUGUUACGAUUACUCUGGUGCAAGCUCUCGUCGGAUUUGAGAAGACUAUUAAACAUCUAGACGAUCAUAUUGUUGAUAUCGGCUCAAAGGGAAUAACAAACCCGAAGCAGGUAAGGAAAUUUAAAAAAGAGGGGAUGCCACUACAUCUAAGCAACAAGAAGGGUGAUUUAUACAUAACAUUUGAGGUUCUCUUUCCUACCUCGCUAACAGAGGAGCAGAAGACACAAGUGAAUGCCAUACUCGGGUAGAUGCUAAUAUACAUACACUGGAUGACUGGAUGGGUCCUGAUUGUCGCGUUGAAGGCUUGUAACAUGCUUGUGUUUGAAGAUCCAGGCACCGCUAAUAUAACAAACAGCUAUGCAUAUAAGGAUGUUUGCAUAAUCUUCUAAACUCCAAAUUGGUCAGAUAAUUGGAUAGAUGUUUUUUAUACACAUUUAAGAUAUAUAGUUAACCUUGUCAUUGGAUUUUAUUAGGAGGGCUUUGAGCAGAUAAUAGUGUAAGUU